AUGUCUCUUCCACUCCCCUAUGCUUUCACCGCGGACAGUCGACCAACUCUUUACCGCUCUCGAUCUCACACAGACCCAUCCCAUCAGGAUUCAGACGCUGAAACUUCACCAACUCAACCUCCAAGACUUUCUCAUGUCCGCUCAAGAUCAUACCUCUCUCCAGCAGAUCCCAAACCACGAAAUGCCAUCACCCUUCCCGCGGCCACUACAUUAGAGAAAACAGCAGAGAAACUCCCCCGACUUCAUCUUCCCGGCUCGUCCUAUCGACACCAUCCCCAUCACCACCAUAUUCAAUUUCCUCACUCCCAACUAAAUAAUGAUAUGGCUUCGUCUAAACGCCACCGCCCGACGCAGAGCGAUGCCAACCCUGUCCUGCGGCGGUUCCAAUCCAAGGAAGCGCUCUCGAGUCUCCCACAUCUCGUCGCAGGUCUGAACGCCGAGCGAGAAAAACGCAACCAGGUGGCUGCGCAGCACGUCGUGGGCCCCUCUGGGGCCGUCACAACAGACAACAAUGAAAGUGGACGAGAUGAUCUACGAUAUCCGGCGACUUCUGACCCGAACCGACCACCCCUUCAACCCAAAUCCUCAUUUGAUCUUCUUCUAGAGAAAGGUGACCAAGCUCGCUUCGCGAAACGGCUACACGUGAAGAAAGAAGACAUCAUGAGGCGUGAUGCCGAGAUUGCCGCCGCAGAGGAAGAGAUGCGCACACGCAUUACAUCCAUUACGUCCACGGGCAUCGAAAUCACCCGCCGAUUAGACUACGGAUACUACAAUCUGCUAGAAACAGUGGGGAAUCUGGUGGCGAUGAUUACCAGCUUCCAGUCCCUCAGCAAACAGAGUGGCCAACUUAUCGCUAACUUCGACAAGGAAACCGCACGACUCGAUGCAGACACGCGCAGGCGCGUCGAGGGCUUCAAGACGGGCUUUGAAGCACGAGAACGAAAAGCCGCCGCAUUGGCUGCGCGAGGGAAAACGGCCAGUGCCAGAGCCGAGAGUCUGAGUGCUCGCCUUGAAAAGGCCCGCGAAGACGUCGAGAAAUGGGAGAAACGCGAGGACCAGGUUCGCAAGGUCUGGGACCGCGUUUUCGGAAUUUGCUGGUGGACAACGAUCAUGAUGUUUGUCCUGGUGAUUCUCGUCGUGCUGGGCAAGGAGUGGUGGUUCCACGGCGACCCUGUCAAGGCUGGUCUCCGUGCACACAGUGAAGGGAGUUGGAACCGCUCACUCCGCCUGGGGGGUGACGGCGGCUCCAUUGCCGCAGAAAACCAACGACUCCUUGAAGACAAUAGCAGUCUCCGUCCAAAUGUUCCCGAGGAUGUGCGACGGAUCCUCCUCGGCAUCGCUGACAGGAAUCGGAAUCGCAAGGUCGCCUUUCCUGAGGUCCCGAGGGAGAUUGUCGCCGGUUCUGCGGAGGCAGAGGGCUGUCUUGCUGAUGUCAAUCCUCCUCUCAAAGAUAUGGAGCACGAUGAUCCUAGAAUGAAGAAAUUGGAUGAGCUGUGA